AGACGAGUCCCACGCGCGGGCGGGUGGGCGGAGCGGCCCCCCUAGCGGGGGCUGUGAAGCACGGGGAGGGGGCCGAGCGGGUGGCAAAGCCGGCGCGCGCCCGGCUGGGGGCGGAGGCCCGCGGGACGGAACAGCCGCGGCGAGUGGUGGUGGCGGCGAAGGGAACCGAGCCGGCGACGAGCCCGGGGGUCGCGACUUGCAGAAGCGGCGGCGGCAUCGGCGGCGGCGGGCCCGAAGGCGGGCGGAGAGCCGGGGCGCAAUGGAGCGGAAGAGGUGGGAGUGCCCGGCGCUCCCGCAGGGCUGGGAAAGGGAAGAAGUGCCCAGGAGGUCGGGGCUGUCGGCCGGCCACAGGGAUGUCUUUUACUAUAGCCCCAGCGGGAAGAAGUUUCGCAGCAAGCCACAGCUGGCACGGUACCUGGGCGGCUCCAUGGAUCUCAGCACCUUCGAUUUCCGCACGGGAAAGAUGCUGAUGAACAAGAUGAAUAAGAGCCGCCAGCGCGUGCGCUAUGACUCCUCCAACCAGGUCAAGGCUCUGGCUAAGCACCUCCCUGGCCCCUCCAACCCUUCAUGGACCCCGGUCGGAGCGGCCCGCUGCAGAGUCUUCUCCCCCCAGGGCAAGCCUGACUUGAACACUGCACUGCCUGUACGGCAGACUGCAUCCAUCUUCAAGCAACCGGUGACCAAGAUCACCAACCACCCCAGCAACAAGGUCAAGAGCGACCCACAGAAGGCAGUGGACCAGCCGAGGCAGCUUUUCUGGGAGAAGAAACUGAGUGGACUGAGUGCCUUCGACAUUGCGGAAGAACUGGUCAGAACCAUGGACUUGCCCAAGGGCCUGCAGGGGGUAGGCCCCGGCUGCACAGAUGAGACGCUGCUGUCCGCCAUCGCCAGUGCGCUGCACACCAGCACCCUGCCCAUUACAGGCCAGCUCUCUGCGGCUGUGGAGAAGAACCCUGGUGUGUGGCUGAACACUGCGCAGCCACUGUGCAAAGCCUUCAUGGUGACAGAUGAUGACAUCAGGAAGCAGGAGGAGCUGGUACAGCAGGUGCGCAAGCGCCUGGAGGAGGCGCUGAUGGCGGACAUGCUGGCGCAUGUGGAGGAGCUGGCCCGUGAUGGGGAGGCACCACUGGACAAGGCCUGUGCUGAGGAGGAGGAGGAGGAAGAGGAGGAGGAAGAAGAGGAACCGGAGCCGGAGCGUGUGUAGCAUAGAUGCCCUGCCCAAGUCUGGGCUGCAGACCACCUCCCAUGGCCACCUCCAGACUUCUCAGCCUUGCCUGGACUAGGUGGGGACCAGGCCAACAAGAGGCAGGCAUCCAUCUUCUUCCCAAGACUGCCUCCUCCCAGGUCUCAGUGCAGGGAGCCCCUGUGGACCUUGAACUCGCUUGUCCCUGUACUGCCUGGCAGGAAGCUCACACUGACAGCUGAAGAGCAGUGCCCCGACUGAGAGGCCACUUUGACACAGUCACCUCCCUGCUUCCUUACCAUAGGACAAGGCCCUGCUUGGCACCAAGGAGCUGUGGGCCUUGCUGGGCACUGGAGGAAGUUUCUGGAAACACACCUGGCUAUGCCUACCUUGCAUUGUCCCUAAGGCUGUUACGGGCCAGGGUCUGAACUGCUCCUGCCCAUAGGGCUGCCCAGCCUCUCCACGCUGAGGGCCAGCAGCCAACCAGGAAGUCACUUUCCUUCAAUAAACUGAUGGUAGGAACUUCUA